AUGGUUCAAAUAUGUAGUAAUUUAGAACAAAUUAAAAUAUUUCAAUGUGGACAUGGUGAAUGGACUGAAGCUAUGUUACCAACACUUGGAAAACUUGGUCGAGUUGUUGAUUUAUAUAAUGAUGUAUCUAUUGAUUCAACAGUAUCGUUGAAUGAACUUUGUUGUGGAAAUAAUGAUCAUGUUUCAAUAAAUUCUGAAACAAUAAGAACCACAACAACUUCAUCAAAUAAUAUAAACGACACAGUUGCAUUAGCUUGUUUACAACAACAAUUACAAGAAAUUCGUGAACAAGUCUAUUGUCCAAUAUGUAUGGAUCGUUUAAAAAAUAUGGUCUUUUUAUGUGGUCAUGGUCUUUGUUAA